CCCUCCCUCCUCCACCAUAGAUAGAGAAUCUCACAACAAAUGACAUGUACAGUUGAUUACUUCAUCUAAUCUAAUGGUAGAAAACGGAAGAAACAAACAACAAAAUAUCCACUAAAUGAAGUAAAGCCACUAAGCUUUACUCUCUGUGUGUUUGUGCAUGUGUCCAUUCUCCUAUUAGGCCUUCAAGUGCACUAUCUUUUUCUCUCUCUACUGUAUGUUUUAACUUCAAAAGUCUAGCCUAGCUACUCACUUUUCUCAGAAUAUGACUCCUGAAGACUCAUUAAGAACUCUCUCUUUAGAUUAUCUCAAUCUUCUCAUCAACGGUCAAGCUUUUAGUGAUGUUACUUUCAGUGUUGAAGGUCGUUUAGUUCAUGCUCAUAGAUGCAUCUUAGCUGCUAGGAGUCUUUUCUUCAGGAAAUUCUUUUGUGGGCCAGAGUCGCCUGUUGGCAGCUGCGGCCCAAGGAUAAGCCCCUUUAGUGGCGGGCUUGUCCCGUCGCCGAGGGGCACGAGUGGUUCACAGGUGAUACCUGUGAACACAGUAGGGUAUGAAGUUUUCUUGUUGAUGCUUCAAUUUUUGUACAGUGGACAAGUUUCAAUUGUUCCACAAAAACAUGAACCAAGGCCUAAUUGUGGGGAGAGAAGUUGUUGGCAUACACAUUGCACCUCAGCCGUUGAUCUUGCCCUUGAUACUCUUGCAGCCGCUAGAUCUUUUGGUGUUGAACAGCUCGCUUUGCUCACUCAGCAGAAGCAAUUAGCAAGCAUGGUGGAGAAGGCUUCAAUUGAAGAUGUGAUGAAAGUUUUAAUAGCUUCAAGAAAGCAAGACAUGCACCAACUUUGGACUACUUGUUCUCAUUUAGUUGCAAAAUCAGGCCUCCCACCAGAAAUCUUAGCCAGACACAUCCCCAUUGAUGUUGUAGCCAAAAUUGAAGAUCUCCGUCUCAAAUCCUCCAUAUCACGAACAAGAUCAUUAAUCCCUCAUCACCACCACCUCCAUCACCACCACGAAAUUCCCUCAACCAUUGAGCUCGAGGACCAAAAAAUUCGACGAAUGAGACGAGCCCUUGACUCAUCCGACGUUGAACUUGUCAAGCUUAUGGUAAUGGGAGAAGGUCUAAAUCUUGAUGAAUCUCUCGCAUUGCAUUAUGCUGUGGAGAAUUGCAGCCGGGAAGUAGUGAAAGCGCUACUCGAGCUCGGUGCAGCUGAUGUGAACUAUCAAGCCGGCCCCAACGGCAAAAGCCCGCUUCACUUAGCAGCUGAAAUGGUGUCACCUGACAUGGUGGCGGUUCUAUUGGACCAUCAUGCUGACCCGAACAUUCAAACGAUGGAUCGGAUCACUCCACUCGAUAUUCUCAGAACCCUAACGUCUGAUUUUCUAUUUAAGGGUGCUAUCCCCGGACUCACUCACAUUGAACCGAAUAAGUUAAGACUUUGCCUAGAACUUGUUCAAUCAGCAGCAAUGGUAUUUUCUCGAGAGGAAGGAGAAGCGAAUAACAAUCCGUCUUCGGAUACUAUAUAUCCACAUGUUCGUGAAGAUCAUAGUUCUACUACAAGCAGUGGGAACAACAAUUUGGGAAACUUAAACGUGGAUUCAAGAAUGGUGUAUUUAAAUCUUGGUGCAGCACCUCAUCAUCAACAUGAUUGCAGCAGCAGCCACAAUAACCAGAAUCCAGCAUCAAUGUACCAUCACCACCACCAUUCUCAUGAGUAUUAGUUAAUUUAAUUAACCUUUCUGUUAGUUUCAAUUAUAUCCACUAGAAAUUAAAUACUCCCAUCUUUUUGCUUC